UGAGCGGUUAGUGAACUGAAAUGGCAAAUGGCAGCUUGGCAGCUCGACUCGGCCGGCUAUCGAGUUUGACCAGUUUGAUUCAGUGGGCCAUGGCUUAAAUCGCACAAAUCGCAAAUCGGAAAAGGUUUUUUCGAGACUUUUCAUUGCGAUUGCCGGCCAGUUCACGUCCGCCACUGAACGCAAUAUGACGCUGUCCGCGAAUCCAAAUAUUCCUGCGAUAAUUAGGAUUUUGGUCACACUGGCGCUCUUAAGCCAGAGCCUGGCCACACCGCAGCAGUUCCUUUUUGCCCAGGAUCUGCUAACGGGAAGUGGAACAGGAACUGGCAUAGGAACUGGAACAGGAACUAGUACAGGAACUGGAACUGGAGCUAAUCCCCUGCCUGUUAAUGAUCCUUCUGAUCUCAGUGCUGGUCUUAAUCUGACCCCUGUUAGUAAUCUGAUCGCCGCCGCUGCCAAUGCCGUGCCCCCCGCCCCCAUUACGUUUAUACGCACGGCCAUGAACAGCGGCCUCUGACCGCCAGGUGGCGCCACCGUGAAUUCUAGACCGCCCCAAAAAAUAUAAUUCAAAAUAUCUUUAAUUCUAAGAGCCUUUUUUUAAGAUUUAUUUUUUUUUUUUGUAAGUUAAGCUAAUUGUUUGUUUAUUAGUUUUUUUGUAGCCUCAGAUUAGUGUUGAAAAUGAGUUUAUGAGACACGUUUUUAUCUGGUGACAACAAAGUGUUAAUAUAUUGUGCGAUAAAUUGCGGAAAGUCGGGAGAUUUCUGGCUUAUCUCGGCUUGUAAUCAGGUCGCUUUCAUUAUCUCUAUAGUUCCACUGUACGACAAAGUACAGUGAAGGAAGUGAUGCAAUAAAAUAUAUUUUUAACAAAUGAGAUUAUUUAUUUUUUUUUUAUAGAAAUAUUAUUUGGAAAAAAAGUGUCUUUAAAUUAAAAAAUUUCAUGAUUUUUUUUUUUAAUUCAGUUUAAUUAUAUAAUAGCUGUUAGGAACGUGACAAAAAAUGUUAAUUGUUUUAGGCUUUUUAUGGAAAAAAUGCGAUUAGUUUUGGUCUAAAAAGUAAACCAGUUCUCGACACCCCAAAAAAGUGACUUGUUCUGGCACCAAUUUCAUUUUUCCAUAAAAUCUUAAUUGUUUUUUAGCAAUUAACAAAAAGAUUAAAUAGCAAAUAAUAGUUUUUUUUAUAAACUACAAAUUGUUAUAAUUUUUUAGACAUGGGGAGUACCUAUUUUAGAAUCCCAUAACUCUCAAAUAAUCCCAUAAAAGUAAAGUUUAAAAAUAAAUGUUGGACAAAAAAAAACAG